AUCAAAUCACCAUGUAACAUGUAACUCUCUUUCCCUCUCACACAUGCAAUCUCAAUCUCAAUGCUCUAUUAUCUCUCACUCUCUAACUACUACGUACACAGUAAUGUCCUACUAAUGUCCCUCCUGCAUGCCCAGGGCGCCUCCGGGUUCAAUUCCGCCUCCAACUUUUUUUUUGGGAUGAGGCUGAAUUAAUCCGAUAAAUCAGCACAUCCUAGUUUUCAACAUUUCAACGUCAACUCUUCUUGGUCUUUCCAUGAUUCCAUCAUUCCAUGAAUAUCUCAUAAUAGAAUAUGCCCAAACCAUUACAUAGUAGCCAGUUCAUUCCCAACCCACAUCGGCAUAAAUCCACUUGCUCUGCGCAGCACCACUAUCAGGCUGCCAUCGGGCCGCCUGAACUGGCCGAUCGACUGAGUGAUUGGGUGACCGGGUGACGGAUGACCGGCAAGCCCUGCGAGGGACAAACGUAGGGUCUGUCUGGCUUGUCGACAUCUCAACUCUGACCAACGCGCCAUUUCGGUCUCACAUGUACUCCCUCUCACUGAGGCCUGAAUCCUUGAAUUGAGCCUUAGGAAACGAGAGUUGGGAGUUAGGAGUUGAGAAUCUUAUAUUUUCUUCAACGGCAUAAUUGACCGAAGCUAUUUUUCUCGGCCCCGCCAACAUUAAUUCAUCUCAUAGGACAUAUUCCAUAAUUCUUUUAUUUUCCAAUACCCGUGGGCGCCCACUCCAGUUCUCACAGCCAUGGCGCCCACUUUAAAAUCCAAAUCCGGCCUCCGGGCGCGGGAUAAUCACCUGUCUCCUGGCGCAAUCGCUGGAACGGUCGUCGGCUGUGUUAUCGGAGGCAGCCUCUUGCUCAUAGUUUUGGGCUUUCUCUACUUUUGGUGGAGACGGAAGUCUAAGGAGGCCAGGGCAGCAGAACUAUUACCAACAACAACAAAGUCCAAGGGAUCCCAUCAUAGGACCUUGUUCUCAAUUCCAGGCUUUCUGCCUAGGCAUACUCCUGCUACCCAUGCAGACAGUCCGCCUUCUGCGAAGGAUGAUAGUGAUAGAGCCGUUCCAGUCUUUGGUGAUGAUUCUGAAUUCCAUCAACAACAACCUAUAUACGGGAAUGACUUAAUGGGCAAUCAUGAAACUUAUUACGCAUCUCAUAACUUUGGUCAACCACCUUUACCCCCGGGCAUCGACUUCAAUUUGCCACCUCAGCCGACAGCCUUCCCAAGCAAUAUCGAUACGUCUCCAGGACAUCAGGCUGCAAAUUCCAGUUAUUAUGACACCAGAAUCUCCAUGGACUCGGAUCCCGAGCAAGCACCAUUACCACCGUCUAGACAGAUGACUGAACUUUACGAGGCCCAACUCAGAGACUCACGAGAACAUCGAAGAAGAAGUGGCUCCUUAACGAGUCGGAUCUGGAGUAGCAUCAAGAGGAAGCGUUCUACGCAUUCUUCAGCACAUGGAAACGUCAGCCCUCAGAAUUCAACAUCUCAGUAUUUUCCUGCUUCGCCAGUGGAGAGUCCCAUUGGUCUGAAGCCAGAGUCUAAACUAGAGUCCAAGAAAGGAGUAAGCUCGUCAGAAUUCGCAACGAAUAAGUAUUUCGAAGAGCCUGGCGAAAUAUCUGAAAGCAUGGGUGCAUUAGGAGGCUCGGCAAGUGGAAACCGGGUGGGAAAUGAUCAGCAGCAGCAUAAGAGACAAAAGCGAGUCGAUUCACAGGAAGAUGAUUUCCUUCUCCGGACUAGUUCAGUGGUACGAGAUACUACGGAGAAAGACCCCGAGCUGCCUUCAGCUGUGCUACGGAGUCAGGAGUCCUCUGAUGGGUUACCUCAUUUAGCUCAGCCCCAAUCCGAGACCUGGCCCCAGGCACGUCUUGUGAGCCCCGACAUCCCAGAGCCUAUGGAGCUGGAUGAGACACUGGAAGGUAUUCAUAGACGACCUUCCGUCUUGAAAGGCUCCCACUCUCCUCCUCUUCAACCACCAGAGUCUUUCGUGUCUCCCAUGUCCAUCAUGCAACCAUCCAACUCUCUGGAGAAAGCUGCCUAUACCGACUUCCAAAUGGAAAACUCAGCAUCCCCUCCCACCUUUCCCACCUCUCCUCCUGAGAUCAUCACCGACCAGCCGGCGCAAGAGAGCGCUGACACCACCGCCCAAGAAUACCCAGACGACUUCGAUGCUGAUAGCUUCCUCGACAUACCUAGCGACGAUGAACCUCGUCGGUCAGGCGACUCAUACGAUUACACUACCACGCCGGGACAAAGCUCCACGGAUCCCUCCAUGGGAAGGACGCCAGAUACCCGGGUUACUAUAUCGCCGUCGCCAUAUCCAGCGGUCCAUCAACAGGUUAAAAUGGAACCAGAGUCGAGCUUAUCGCCGGAGACUUCCAAGCUUUCACCACAGUCCCCCGGUCAUAUCUGUGAGGAAUGCGGACGAUACUUUGACCAGGUCCAUAAACUUAACCAUCACAAGCGUUACCAUGAUCGCAAACACGAGUGCCCCUACGACGGCUGUGAUAAGAAGUUUGGUACCAAGACGCAUCUCGAUCGACAUAUCAACGACAAGCAUGUGAAGUCCAAAGCAUAUCACUGUAUAGAAUCGACAUGUCCCUACUUCCGAGGCGGCAAGGCCUUCCCGCGGAAGGACAAUUGGAGGAGGCACAUGGUAAAGAAGCACGGUGCGACACCAAGUGACCUCGAGAUGAUGGAUGAAUCGAUGGGGUAGAACCUACUGAGAUGGCCGUCCUACUUUACAUGACGAUUUCUACAUGUCCGCCUAUCGACUAUUAUUAAGACAGGACGACACUACAGGUGACAUGGUGGGCCCAUAAUAGUAUUAACGCAGGAGUCUACCCAAAUCCAUACAAUAUGGACCUAUCUGGUAGCUGCUAAGUCUAUACUUGAUACCUAUCCUCAUUAGAGCUCUAUCUAUCUAUGAGCCUUCUACCCUUCGGGGUGUGAUGAGAUACGCUCGGCAUUAUACCCUCACGGCGGCUUUGUUGGACGUCGGAAUGCCCCAGGUUUUCUCCCCCUGCCACGACAGGUGUUGGGCUCUAUUUAUAUCCGAUAUGAUGAAUUUUACCUACCAUACACUUCUCAAAAUUCGACACGCUCUUUAUCUGCAUACGUAUAGGUAUAUACAUUUGGUAAUAGCAUUUAUUAAGGGCAUAUUUGGGAGCAAGCGAAGUUGGAACUAUCUAUGACUGGACUGGCUUAUUAUAAUGCAGCCACGGCGGUAACAGUUUCUCUAUAAUAUGUAAGAGAGACGUGUAUUUCUUCACAUGCAGUAUGUAGAUGUAUUUACGCAGGGUGGGUUUACUUCUCACAGAUGUGGCCAUGAUAUCCGGGGGCAAAACGGGUGGAUUAUCUACUUAGUUAAAAUGUUCUUGAGCAAUCUACAUACAAUACGAAUCGUUUUCAAGCUCUA